AGAGGGGGACCCCGGCACGCUCCGAAGGACACUGGAGGGCGGGAGACGCUGCCAAUGGCUGACAAGAGCUUCAUCGAGUUGCCCGAGUCCUCCCCGCAGAAGGAGGCGGCUUUGGAGUGGGGCUACGAGGAAGGAGUCGAGUGGGGGCUGAUAUUUCCUGAUGCUAACGGAGAAUACCAGUCUCCUAUUAAUUUAAAUUCAAGAGAAGCCAAAUAUGACCCCUCACUACUGGAAAUACGUUUAUCACCAAACUAUGUUGUUUGCCGUGACUGUGAAGUAAUUAAUGAUGGGCAUUCCAUUCAGAUCCUCCUCAAGUCAAAAUCAGUGUUAGUAGGUGGGCCAUUACCUCGGGGCCAUGAAUUUGAACUACAUGAUGUUCAGUUUCACUGGGGGAGAGAAAACCAGCGUGGUUCUGAACACACUGUUAAUUUUAAAGCUUUUCCCAUGGAGCUCCAUCUAAUCCACUGGAACUCUACCCUGUACAGCAGCAUUGAUGAGGCAGUGGGGAAGAAGCACGGGAUAGCUAUUAUUGCUCUGUUUGUGCAGAUAGGAAAGGAACAUUUAGGCCUAAAGGCCCUAACAGAAAUUCUCCAGGACAUCCAGUACAAGGGGAAGUCCAAAACAAUACCCUGUUUUAAUCCCAACUCUUUAUUACCAGAUCCUCUUCUACGUGAUUAUUGGGUAUAUGAGGGUUCCCUUACCAUUCCACCUUGCAGUGAAAGUGUUACCUGGAUAUUAUUUCGAUAUCCAUUGACUGUAUCCCAAAUGCAGAUAGAAGAGUUUCGAAGACUGAGGACACACGUAAAAGGUGCAGAACUUUUUGAAGGCUGUGAUGGAAUAUUAGGAGAUAACUUUAGACCAACUCAGCCACUUAGUGAUAGAAUCAUCAGGGCUGCAUUCCAGUAGCAGAAGAAAAAACAACAGUGGAAAAAAAAUCUUUAUUCAGGACUCCAGUCAUCAACGAGUUGUUUUAGUAUUACAGAGCUCUGCUCCUUGAGACUGAUAAAGAUGGAAGCAAAUGACUUCAUCUCAAGGACGGUUGUUUCAUUUGGAUUUCCUCUAUUAAAAUUGCAUUAAUUUA